GUCCACUCACGAAACUGUAUCGUUUCCGGAGGGUUCAUGCCUUCAGAAAUGCUGGAAUUUGAUAGCUAACCACUGGUAAACAAUAACAAUCAACUUUCAAAGGAGGUUUCGUCAUGCGGAUUUGGUCAGUUUUGUUUACGGUCCAUGCCUCUCGUGUGGACUUUUUUGCAAUCUAGCUAGCCAGCAACUAACAAGUCAACAGACUGGUAUCUUCCAGCUGAUCAAAACAAGGUCAAUUGACGAUGCGGUGAGUCGAGAAUAAACUAUUUUACUAGCAGUUUAUAAACAUUUAGCUAAGCGACAUUAUGACAAAUAGACAACGGUUAUGGCUUUCUGUCAUAUUAGUCAAUUAAGUAGACACGCGAUAAUAGUAGUGUUUACACCUUUACUACUUUUCCGCGUAAUUCCACGCAAUUUGGAUGUUGUUAGAAGACCCCGCCCUCUCUCUGCAAGACGUGGAGAAAGUGCGUUUUCACAACUAGCCCACUUGAAGCCAGAACCAGUCUUAUCCAAUUAUUUAUAUAUAUACACUAGAAGACUGAAUGGGGGCGCUGUGUUGAAGCCAACCUGCGUGCCUCCAUCUUGGCACUUCCUCGCCAUUGUAAAACAUAUUUUGGAAGCUACAGAAAUGCAUUUAUUAAUGUCUACAUUUGUUUUCGCCACGUUUAUUCUAUUACAGACACAUUAAUGCAUAAUUUUAAAUUAUAUUAUGUGAGCUAAACAUAAAUAUUUAAAGAGAUUACUAAUGUUAAUGUCCCCACUACAACAACAACAAAAUACAUAAAUACACUGAACAAAAAUAUAAACGCAACAUGUAAAGUGUUGGUUUCAUAAGCUGAAAUAAAAUAUCCCAGAAAUACACAGGUGCACCUUGUGCUGGGGACAAUCAAAGGCCACUAAAAUGUGCAGUUUUGUCACACAACCCAAUGCCACAGAUGUCUCAAGUUUUGAGGGAGCAUGCAAUUGGCAUGCUGACUGCAGGAAUGUCCACCAGAGCUGUUGCCAGAGAAUGUACUGUUAAUUUCUCUACCAUAAGCUGCCUCCAACGUUGUUUUAGAGAAUUUGGCAGUACCUCCAACCGGAUUCACAACCACAGACCAUGUUUAUGGCGAGCGGUUUGCUGAUGUCAACGUUGUGAACAGACUGUCCCAUGGUGGUGGUGGUGGUGGGGUUAUGGUAUGGGCAGGCAUAAGCUACGGACAACGAACACAAUUGCAAGGUAUCUGUGACCAACAAAUGCAUAUCUGUAUUCCUAGUCAUGUGAAAUCUAUAGAUUAGGGCCUAAUUAAUUUAUUUCAAUUGAUUGAUUUCCUCAUAUGAACUGUAACUCAGUAAAAUCUUUAAAAUUGUUGCAUGUUGCGUUUAUAUUUUUGUUCAGUAUACAUGUAAUUUUGUCUUUGAAACAUUUAAUUGAAAUACUGUAGAGUUCCAUUCAUUCCUAUGGAGGACUGCUCCUUCUGGGAGCGCCAAUAUGGCCGACCGGUGGCUUCAAAGCCUCUCAUUGGACAACACAUAGAAUCAUCAAUCCAGGGUUUAUAUCAGUGUUGUAGUACAACACAUUGAGUGUCUCGGUCUUGUCUUGGUGUCAGAUACAUUUUUUCUCGGUCUUGGACAGUGAGGACUCGUAAUUUCAGACCAGCUGAGUAAAAAGCCCAUCAUUAUUAGCUUCCAUUCAUUCAGUCAGCGCAUAAAAGCGCUUUGCCAGGCCAAAUAUAUAUACUCCUUUCUUGAAACAAUAUCUUGUCACCUAUUGAAACCUGGGAUUCCUACCUUACUUGUAACAUUACUGUCCUUUACUUUCAUUGAAAAAUAUCCUCAAAGUUUGUCUGAAUUUCCUUGAGUGGGGUAAAUUGUUGGAAAGUUGCAUGCUUACUAUUAGUAAGUGGAGACGGGGAAAUUCUAAUGGUCUUUAUAUCUAUAGUAGACAUGUUUGCGCAGUGGCGAACCUAUUGGACACCUAGGCCUUCAGUGUGUGACAGGCUCGUGAUGCUGAAAGGACAGCAACCAUAAUACCAGUGCACUCAUGUAGGAGAGUGCAGUUUUGUAAAACACAAAGGGCCAGUGAUGUAGUGGAGGCUUUAUGCAGGUAUACGCCCUAUACCCACUGUCCCUUAUGAAAAAAGAUUGCAGUUAGAGUGCAGUAUAACUGCAGUUAUUCUGCAAUUACUGCGUCCAGAAUACCACAGUCGACUGCAGUUUCAAAACUGCAAUCUUUUUUUGUAAGGGGUUUUCCGUGUGCAUUGCCUAUACUCACUUCUUAAUCCCUUCUGUUGCGUAUCAAAAGUAGUGUAGUGGAGGUAUACAACUUAUUAAUUAUGUAGUACAAUAGAGAAAUAAUGCACAAAAUAGCCUACAUAAUCGCAAAGCACGUGAAAUAUAUUCACAUAUCCUAGUUUCUGCAGAAUAUAAUCUGCAGGCAGCAAGAGCGUGCAGCUCUCAACUGGUUGUUGCAUGGAGCAGCUCAAGAAAAAUGACAUCGGUAGCCGGUAGGUAGGAAAGAAAUGUCAAUUUAUGAUACCUACAAGUAAAUUCUAACUAAGGCAACAAGGUAUUGAAAAAGUUUCGUCCUUAGUCUUGGUUAGUAGGCUAUUUGCGAUGCGCUAUUCAGUCAUCAUGCGCUGUUUGCAUUAACAUUUAUAAAGGCUUUCCCUGAAAACCUUUCCAAUUAGAUUUUGACUGCCUACCUGACAAUUAUUUGCUGAUUUGUAUCAAUGGGGAUGGCAUUUGUUUUGCUCAAUUGAAUUAAAGGGCAACUACACCUUCCAUUUUUUGUAUUUUUCACAGACCUCAAAAAUGGUCUCCUGAUGUGGUUUAAGCAUUGUUGUGGACUUAGAACAUCACAUUUGUGUCGUUUUUAUUUUAUUUUAAAAAAGUGUGAUUUUGAGUGAAAAUCUGAAAAAUCUAGUGGGGCAAUUCCUUCACACAGGACCCACUUCUCCAGGCACCACUACACCACUGCAUAGGGCCGAUGGAAAGACAGCAGUCCAUGAACUCUUGACAUAAUAAGCCAGUAGGUCCCAAUCAUAAGAAUACAAAAACACAACCAUUAGGCUAAGCAUUUUUUACAACUAUUACUUACCAUUGCAAAAAAACAUUUAACCUUUAGCACACAAAGUAACCGGUGAUCUAAAGUUUAAAUGCAACAAUGUUUCACACACAAGUUAUUUUCAAAGAGAUGGCUAACAUCAGCAAGCGCGCUGCAAUAAAAAACACAGUUCCACUCACCAGAUGAUGAUCAUUUGAAACUUAACUUCAUGUUGAAAGUUAUUCUUUUAAAGGGAGAAGCUACAAAUUAGCAACAACAUCUGGCCAUUAUUAUGAGCCGUUCUCCCCUCAGCAGCCUUCACUGGUUUAUAUAGAUACUUGGUGCUACCACAGGUUUUCUACAAUGGUAGAGUUUGUUUUGCAGGCCCUGCCCAGGUGGGCGGAGUUGCACAUUUUGGACCAUUCCAUUGGCCUUUAAGUGAAAUCUCCACCCACCCAGGUAAUCGGGCCAUGCAAAACGAACUGAACUCCAACAUUGACAGCAGAUUGUGGUUAUGAAAGAAGCUUACAGUGGGGAAAAAAAGUAUUUAGUCAGCCACCAAUUGUGCAAGUUCUCCCACUUAAAAAGAUGAGAGAGGCCUGUAAUUUUCAUCAUAGGUACACGUCAACGAUGACAGACAAAUUGAGAAUUUUUUUUCCAGAAAAUCACAUUGUAGGAUUUUUAAUGAAUUUAUUUGCAAAUUAUGGUGGAAAAUAAGUAUUUGGUCACCUACAAACAAGCAAGAUUCCUGGCUCUCACAGACCUGUAACUUCUUCUUUAAGAGGCUCCUCUGUCCUCCACUCAUUACCUGUAUUAAUGACACCUGUUUGAACUUCUUAUCAGUAUAAAAGACACCUGUCCACAACCUCAAACAGUCACACUCCAAACUCCACCAUGGCCAAGACCAAAGAGCUGUCAAAGGACACCAGAAACAAAAUUGUAGACCUGCACCAGGCUGGGAAUACUGAAUCUGCAAUAGGUAAGCAGCUUGGUUUGAAGAAAUCAACUGUGGGAGCAAUUAUUAGGAAAUGGAAGACAUACAAGACCACUGAUAAUCUCCCUCGAUCUGGGGCUCCACGCAAGAUCUCACCCCGUGGGGUCAAAAUGAUCACAAGAACGGUGAGCAAAAAUCCCAGAACCACACGGGGGGACCUAGUGAAUGACCUGCAGAGAGCUGGGACCAAAGUAACAAAGCCUACCAUCAGUAACACACUACGCCGCCAGGGACUCAAAUCCUGCAGUGCCAGACGUGUCCCCCUGCUUAAGCCAGUACAUGUCCAGGCCCGUCUGAAGUUUGCUAGAGUGCAUUUGGAUGAUCCAGAAGAGGGUUGGGAGAAUGUCAUAUGGUCAGAUGAAACCAAAAUAGAACUUUUUGGUAAAAACUCAACUCGUCGUGUUUGGAGGACAAAGAAUGCUGAGUUGCAUCCAAAGAACACCAUACCUACUGUGAAGCAUGGGGGUGGAAACAUCAUGCUUUGGGGCUGUUUUUCUGCAAAGGGACCAGGACGACUGAUCCGUGUAAAGGAAAGAAUGAAUGGGGCCAUGUAUCGUGAGAUUUUGAGUGAAACCUCCGUCCAUCAGCAAGGGCAUUGAAGAUGAAACGUGGCUGGGUCUUUCAGCAUGACAAUGAUCCCAAACACACCGCCCGGGCAACGAAGGAGUGGCUUCGUAAGAAGCAUUUCAAGGUCCUGGAGUGGCCUAGCCAGUCUCCAGAUCUCAACCCCAUAGAAAAUCUUUGGAAGAAGGUUAAAAGUCCGUGUUGCCCAGCGACAGCCCCAAAACAUCACUGCUCUAGAGGAGAUCUGCAUGGAGGAAUGGGCCAAAAUACCAGCAACAGUGUGUGAAAACCUUGUGAAGACUUACAGAAAACGUUUGACCUGUGUCAUUGCCAACAAAGGGUAUAUAACAAAGUAUUGAGAAACUUUUGUUAUUGACCAAAUACUUAUUUUCCACCAUAAUUUGCAAAUAAAUUCAUAAAAAAUCCUACAAUGUGAUUUUCUGGAUUUUUUUUCCUCAUUUUGUCUGUCAUAGUUGACGUGUACCUAUGAUGAAAAUUACAGGCCUCUCUCAUCUUUUUAAGUGGGAGAACUUGCACAAUUGGUGGCUGACUAAAUACUUUUUGCCCCCACUGUAUGUCAUGUGUUCUAAUACCAUUUGUUUUGUCCUAGUGGUGAUGGCCUGGGAGAUGGACAGCUCACAUGGACCAGGGUCACCCCAAAGAGUUCUGCCCAAAAAUGAACAUUCCGAGGUGGAACUGGUCUCCAGAGGUCGGGAGUCCCUCCCUACUUCAUGUGUCAAACAGGAGCGGACAGAAAUAUUUGUUACGAACCCUGAGCCUCAGAGGCCACCGCACAUCAAAGAGGAGGAGUAUGAGACCACAGUCACGCCCAUUUUACUACCUACCAAACAGGAGAGCGAAGACAAGGAGAUUCCUGACUCUAAACCAAUGAAACUUGAGCUUCAUGAUCCAUCCAGCCAAUCAUGCACAGACCAAGAGGAGGAGAAAGCAGAGCUGAAGAAGUCUGGAGGAGUGUCACAUCCAAAGUAUUCCGGUCUCCCUAAGCUUCAGGCCCCCUCUCAGCCCUCGGCAGCUGCAGGCUCCAGUCCUGUGUGUAGGGAGGAAGGUGAGACAGAACCAGAGAUACAGGAGGACCAGGGCCCUGGAGACUGGCUAGCCCCCAUGGAGGACGACGAGGCCCUGGGUGAGUCCCAGCGUCGACUGGGAUUUGAGUCCGCCAGCCACUCCCUUUCUGCCAUGCUGGGCUCCGACUCUGAGUCAGACAACAAGGAGGGGGAAGAGGACCCCACCUGGGCCCCUGCCGACCCCCAGACCCUCCAGGACGACCCAGACGCCGACAUCCCCGCUCUUCGAGAGGCGUCCCCACUGCGGCACAGGAAAAGAACAUCAUCGUCACAAGGUCGAGGCAAAAGAGGUAGAGGUGGUGUCUCCUCGUCUCUGGAACCCAAAAAGAAGCCCAAAAACUUUUCCUGCCAGGAGUGCGGGAAGGCCUUCAUAUCCCGCCGUGACCGGGAGAGACACAUUCGCACUCAUAGCGGGGAGAAGCCGUUCCCCUGCCCCAGAUGCGACAAACGCUUCAACGACAGUGGGAACAUGCGUAAACACAUGCUGAUCCACUCGGGGGAAAGGCCCCACCUCUGUCCAGACUGCGGCAGGGGGUUCUCAGAGAGGGGGAAUCUCAGCAGGCACAGGGCCCACAUCCACGGCAGUAUGCCCAAGUCCGAAUGUGAAGACUGUGGGAAGACCUACAUAGAGAAAGGAGGUCUGGACCGCCACAUCAGAUCUGGAGCCUGCUCUGCAACAAAAAAAGCAUGA